AUUUCCUCACAUUAUCACCACUGUCGCGACGUCAAAAGCUGCAUUCUUGACUGCCAGCAGCUUCCGGGUACAUAUCUAGCCAGGAGAAAAGGAGCUGGAUUUAGGGCCCAGCUGCCCCACAAGCCUCACCGAACUCUGCCACCUACCUACGUACACACACCACACACACCUUGGUAGCUAUUUUGGUCCGGCUUCUUCUGGAUUUGUUUUUCUCUUCGUCUCUUUGUUUUACCUUAAUCAUCUUGUCCUCCUUUUCAAUUGCGAUUAUUCACUCACAGCUUUUGGCAAGCGUGUGUCGCUUCCUUUCCGUCACGUUUACGUCCUGGUCAUGCACCAUUGCCUCGCUUAUUCACCGGUUGUUGUCUGCAGCCUUAGUAGUCACAUGCUGACACCGGACAGUGGUCGUCGAGUCGUCUUGUACGACGGAUUGACGUCUCUGCACGCCUUACAGAUUCACAGUCAACACCUGUUCUGAACGACUGCUCUGCAGUAGCCAGAUGGAUCGAUCUCCAGCACCCUCAGACGGACCUGACUGUGCCGCCUCGGUUGAGCCUUACCCGGCACGACGCAAACCAUGCGAUAACGGAGACGACGAUAUAUCUCGCAAGCGACGUCGAACUUCGCAUUCCGCUUCUCCCAGCCGAUCCCAUCAGAGCUACGCGUCCGACAACCACACCUUAAACUCCGUCAUCAUGGAGCCAUCUGAACAGGUAAACAAUGGCCCUGUUCAAGACAUCGCCAUGACUUCCGACACCGAUUACCCCACCGCUCAGACCCCAGAAACCCGACCUACUGGCACUGAGCCCAUCCACGAAAGUGCACAAAGUCAUAUCACAACAUUAAAUCUGCGCGGAGAUGCGCACGAGGGCCCGUCCCCAACACUCUCUUCGCCGAGCCCCAACAUACCCAUUUGUCCGUCCGUCGAGCUGGAACCUGCCGGGCCCGGCAAAGUUGAUGGUAGCGCCGAUACUCCCGACUUCGAAUUUGUGGAGAGUCAAACCUCUCUGUCUCCGGGCCAUACCUCGUCCCCGUCGACGACGGCUGGUAGUGACAGCCCUAACGCAGAGGUUAUUGGUCCAGUGAACGAUGCCGAUGUACCGCGAGAGCAAGAUCCCGCCGAAGUCUUCCCCUUCUAUGACUCCGGAACCGAGCCUCCCUACGCACCCCUUGCCCGGAUCAUACAAUACUUCCAAGGGCCUGCAGCAGCAGGAGACGAAAGCAUUAUUAUGCCCGUCACCCAAUGGAUCGAACGGGUUGUUGUUCACUUCUUCCGUACUGCCGACCCAGACCGGGUCUUCGACUCAUUCAAACGUCACCGGCAAUUUUGGCUCGCGCUUCCAGACCUGGCCUGGUGUUUUUGUAUCAGACUGUCCCAAGAUCAGAGACCCAGUGACGACGUGCGCGACUUUAUAACCAGAUUCUUGCUAUCCUUUGCGCACCUUGCCGCCGCCACGGCGGGCCUCGACUACGAAAUGCUCUGCAGAUAUCGGCUCUUGCCUUCCUUGCUCGAAGAAUCUCAGCCUCCACCUCUUAUAUCUGCCCAGUACCUCAGCAUCAUCGGCCCUUUGUCCCGUCGGGAGCAUUCGCGUGGGCAGAACACUACAAGUCCGGACAGCGAGUCUUCUUCCGAUAGCAUGGACGACGCUGGCCUCUUCCUCCACGCUUUCCAGUCCACACCCCAGGGGAAGGUCUCCUUUCUCCUCAAGCUUGUCCAGGCACAGAUCGCCCUCUUUUCCAGGUAUCCUCAGAUGAUCGAGUCGAUUUUGCACCCCACUGCGGCUGCGGCUGGGCUCCUAAGAGAGACCUGUCGGUCCUAUCUUCAUCCCGGUGUUCUUUCGCAAGCAGUUGCGCGGACAAAGGCUCGGCUUGCCGUAGGGUACCAGCUCUUUACUACAGUCUCUGAAGCUUUUUCCACGGCCAUCGACAAACAUGUCACUCAUCUCAGCAGUGACGGGACUCAAUGCUUGAUUACCGCGCUUAUGGACCUCCUUCGCACCAGCUUGGGCGGAGACCACAGUCAAGCCGUUGAGCGCUUGAAGACGCACAGAGAAACCCAUCUAGACUUGCCUCCUCACCUCACCGCCGAGGCUAUUGCCUGGGAAUGGCGCCUGGAUGUCUCAACGCGUAUCAUCAUGUCGAGCCAGAUGCAGCUCCGCGUUAUGGCUGUUUCGCAGACUUGUACCGACCUGGUCUCACUCUGGAAGCGCUUCACUGAAGAAGAGAAAGCCGACUCCAUCCUAAACCAUGUCGCUGGGAUCAUACUUGACGCCAAACUCGUUGAAUACCUCCUGGGCUCGACUUGUCAUCCCGAGAUUACCGGCGAAAGUGGCAAUAUUGUUGGUUUUCUCGUCGUCACAAAGCGCUACCAACACAGCCACACGGACCUCUUGUGGAGAACGCUGGCAACAGCUCAAAACCCCAGAGUCUCGGAGGCCCUGCUGCGCCUGACGUCUGUUCUCCUCGGGCUGUUUACAAAGCAAGACAUGCUCUACCUUUGCGGCAAGUUCCGGGACCUACCCGUCGAGGAGUUCACCCCGCCGUUUCGUUUGCUCUUCGAUGCAGUCUUCAGGCAGUAUAUGAAGAAUUUCCCUACCGACCUCGGCGCGAAAGACUUCCUCUUGCACAGACUAUGCAUGCGGUUAGUCCGAGCCUCGUCGGUGGCGGGGACCGACUCGCAGAUUGUGCAUCCCGACAUGCACCAAGCUGCCAUUUCGAGGCUCCGAGAGCUCGUUGCGCAUGGCCUGGACAUGCAGGUUCGAUAUAUACUGUAUGCCGAGUGCGCCCGGGGUAUCUCGGUCGAAUCCGACAGCUCCUUGGGUAGCCUAUGGUGUCUGUGGGCUGUCGCUUGGCCGGCUCCGUCGUCGGAAUGUCGCAAGCUAGUCGAAGAGCAUGAUUUGGCCCACAUCCUCGUUGAAGAACUCGAGCACACCGUUCGUCGUGAGCGUGAAGGUGGUCCUACGAGCAUCCUGCAUGGUCCUGCCAAUACUCCGCGCAGGGACUUCAUUCUGAACAUACUCCUCCAUGCUGCAGGCACUGUUACUACCGAGCUAGGCUUACAACUGUGGAACGUGAUGGUGGGGCCGCUCGCUCCCAGCCGACAUGACAGGGACGCGGGGUGGCAGAUCUUGAAUACCGUUGCUGCGAGGGCUAAACCCGACAACCAUUUCCCAUCGCUCUGCUUCUCCGAGUACUUGCCCCAGCUUCCACCCAACUGCCUAUGCGUUGGCGCUCUCCAGUUUGUUCGGAGCUUUCUUCUCCCAGAGGUCAACGGCAUCAACCAUGCCUUGGAUGACGAUGACGGAGUUGCGCAUCAUGCUAUCGAGCAGCUAUGGCGCAUGAUCCUCAGCGCUGGUGAGCCGGACUUGGUUACCGCCAUGAUCAAGACUCUGGCCAAGGACGUCUAUGUCGAAAGCAAGUCAAUUUUGGAAUACCCAUACAACAGAGCACGCAGAAUUCAUUCUCGCCUUGUGAACCGCUGCCUUGAGCAGAUGGAAGCCGCGAGAGAGAAACUUGGCACUCGCAGUGACGGCGGCGGCGACGGCGAAGCGAUGGAUAUCACAUCGGGUGGCGAGCAGCAUAUCUGCGAGUACGAGCGCGCCUUCCGUCGAUCUCUGGCUGUGCUUCAGGAGUUCUUGAAAGCCUAUCAGGCUAAGGCUCAGUUUGCGACGCCCGACUUGCGCUCCCUCAUACUGCAGCCAUCUAAUGACGUACAAGGAGAGCUCGCGAAUAUGAAAUACCAGUCAUUCGACACCAACACGCGAAGCGAAGUGCGACCAUUGGAGAUCGGACUCAAAAAUACUGCCGCGUCUCUGCUGGCGACCCUGCGGGAGGCUACCGGAUUUGGGAACUUCCGCGUCUAUUACCGAGGCAAACCCUUUGCGCCCGAAGAGGACGAGAUAUCCAAGUCACUCGAGGAACUCGGCAUCCGCGAAGGACUCCUUCUUGUGAAGAACGAAGUCAGCAGCACGGAUUCUUCCGUCAGAAUCAGGCCUGGUUCAUCGCCUCUUGAGAUCGACAUCCUCGGCCAUUUCGACCAGCUAUGGAGGUAUCUCAGUCUGCCAGAACCCAUGGCUGGCGAGAUCUAUAAUUUUCUCAUCAACCUUCCCGCCGAUCCCCGAAUGCUAGAAGCCAUACAUUCGUCGUCAACCCCUUGUGCGGAGAUCUUUCCGGAGAGCCAACCCUACAAGGCUCUAUACGCUGCGCACGCAAUAGAAGAGUACUUGGACUCCGUGCGGCUCCAGGGAAGAAAGUACUCUAUUGGAGAACAGGAUGAGACCGGCGAGCCGAAGGCGCAGUUUGCGCCAAUUGAUCGUGUCCACUCUCUUCUGGUUCAGGCCAUCUCCGACCUUCAGGUCCUAGAUGUCUACUCGGGGGAGAGUAUCCAGGGGCAUCUUUGCUCAUCUCUCAUGGGUCUCUAUCUACGGUCAUCGAACGAAAUGGCCGCCUUCCACGGAGAGUACGGAGAUGCUUUGGACACCCCUCCAGCGGAUCUGCUCGUGAGCGUUCUGCUGAGAGCCUCGCAAUCGCCUCGCAAUGAUCUCUCUACUGGACUGAUUCCGGGGACAUUCUCGGCUAUCAUGUUGUCGUCGGCUUUGAACGCUCAGUUCUGGGAGGCUUUCAAGGCGCAUCCCGAAACCCGUCACUUGAUCGAAACUCUGCUCUUGAAGGAAUCGGCAUCAUCUAUCCGCAAAGCUAUCGCCGACGCAAUUGAAUAUUGGAUGACGAGCACCCAUUCGUGGGCUGUCAGCUCGGCAGCAUUCUCUGGCUUUUUCUGGCCGAUCCUGAGACACAUGAUACCUCAAGCCGUCAGGUAUUCGGACAAAUGCGGCGAGUUCUUCGACAUGUCGGUGCUUGUGGUCAACAAAUUGGUGGCAGAAGAGGCGAGCCUCCUUGAUAAGGGAGCCCUUGUUCGGGACUGUCUGUUGGCAUUAUGUGCACACGAAACGUCCGAGCAAAUCGGGUUGCCCUUGGUCGAGGAUAUCGGGGCCCGUGGGCUGCUGAAGAUAAUUCUUCCCUGCUUGUCUGACCUAGGGGCUGCCGUUACCGUGGACUGGUUGCCUGACGGCAUCGUGCGAGACCUAUUCUGGAAGCAUUUGUUCCCCCCGGAAAGGGAGUGGGUGACGCAGCCCGUUCCCCGUUCCAUUCUUUCCUCUUCCACCAGGGAGAUGCUCUAUGAUGUCCUCUUCAGUCUCUCCAUGCUACAUGAGCCGAGCCAGCUCGAACUCCUGGUUCAGAUGGACAAAGUGGUACCAUUUGACAUGAAUCAUCCAGAAAACCCGUACGACUACGCGCUGCCAGCCCCGUUCGACCGGAUGCAAGCCAUACGCUCUACUUGCGGUUACUCUGGAUUGCGCAAUCUCUCCAACACCUGCUACCUCAAUUCACUGUUCACUCAACUCUUCAUGAAUGUCAACUUCCGGCAGUUUGUCAUCCGGGCAGAAGUAAGAGACAAUUCGUCACAAGAGUUACUCAUCGAGGUCCAGAAAGUCUUUGCCCACUUGCAGGAUUCCCUGCACAGGUGUAUCGACCCCACGAUGCUCGUGAGCUCCAUCAAAUCGUACGAGGGAGGCAUGGUCGAUAUCCACAACCAGAUGGAUGCCGAUGAGUUCUUCAACAUGCUGUUCGACCAAUGGGAGAGGCAUUUCGCGUCGACAGAGGAAAGGAAGCAGUUCAAGUCCUUCUACGGCGGUCAACUUGUCCAGCAAGUGAGGUCCAAGGAAUGUGAACACGUCUCUGAAGUCACAGAGGCUUUUUCGGCGAUUCAAUGCGACAUCAAGGGCAAGAGAAGUCUCGCCGAGAGUCUCACAGAUUAUGUCGGCGGAGAACUUCUCGAAGGAGCCGACAAAUACAAGUGUGGAACGUGUGACCGGCGUGUGGAUGCAGUCAAGAGGUCGAGUCUCAAGGAAAUUCCGGACCAUCUUAUCUUCCAUCUCAAGCGAUUUGAUUUCGAUGUUCGCACUCUGAUGCGGAACAAGAUUCACGACUACUUCUCCUUUCCUACCAAGAUCGACAUGCGUCCGUACAUGCACGAUCAUCUUGGCCAAGCCUCUCCUCCUGGCGAGGAGGAUAUGUUUGAGCUCGUGGGGGUUCUCGUGCAUUCAGGCACCGCCGAGUCCGGCCACUAUUAUUCAUACAUACGCGAACGUCCAACUGCCGGGGGUAGGGAGAGUUGGGUCGAGUUCAACGACGAUCACGUCACCCCUUGGGACCCAUCUGAACUCGAGAAGUCUACUUUUGGAAGCGACGCUCAUCACAGCCAUGGUCCAGAGAAGCCGUAUAGCGCCUACAUGCUCUUCUACCAACGCUCCUCCACCUUGAAGGCAGAUCAGCAAAUGUUGGAGCAGGCAGGCGCGUCGCCUCGUGCCGAGGCCGAGCUUCCCCUGGAAAUGUCCGAGUGCAUCUUGAACGAGAACACGGCCAUCUUGCGCAGACACUGUUUAUUCGACACGGGUCAUGUCGCCUUCGCCCUGAAGCUUUUUGAGCACAUCACGCUGGCUGACGAGGGCCCCACAUCGCCUGACCACAGCAAGUCGGCGGCCGCGAUGCAGAUGUUACUUGGGCAUUUUGACCAAGUCGUUACGAGGACCAAAGAGCUCCCUCAGUUAGAACCGUACGCGGCAGCCUUGGAGCGUUCCUUCCAACGAUCGCCUGACUGUGCGGUGGCAUUCGUCAAAUACUUGUGCGAUCGGUUUCCGGUCUUCAUCCAACUGGCUCAACGCAUCGGGGACAGUGCCGUGCGCACGAGAUUCAUUGACAUGUUCAUGAACGCACUCAAGGUGAUCCGAGAGCAGCGACCUGCCCUCUACGGCUUGACGAUGGAGGCCGACGAUGUUUGUGACUUGGACUCUACUGUGGCCGGCAGCACUGUCCUGCUUCUCGAGAAACUCUGGAUCAAUAUCCAUAUCUUCGGGCGGUCAUGGCCAGACACCUUCACUAUCAUGCUCGAGUUUGCCGAGCUGGGCGCUCUCGAGACAGCCCUCUUGGUACACAACGGCAAUCUCGCGAGAUUGUUGAGGGUCAUUGCGGCGGAUCCAACCAUCGUGGACUUCCCAGAACCGCUCAUGAAGGCCAUCUCGAACGUCAUGCGGCGGGUUACAACACGACCGCCGUCAUUCGCCGUGGCCAUCCGUCUCCUAGACCAUCUCACUGGGCUCAUGGCGCCAUGGCUGGACGGCAGGACGCGCACUGCUGCGAACGACCGGGUGGCACAGUUUCUCGCGGACGACGCGACGCGGCCCCUUGAAUGGUCGGACGCGGAGAUCGAGGUGCUGUAUCUGGAGGAUAGAGAUUUGCCGGGCAGCAUUUUCGUGAGGCGACUCCUCGAACUCGGCGAGAGCCCAGCAGCAACGGAUUCGAUCAUCAACCGCCUGGCGGAGUGGGACGUGACGAUGCGAGAUUCUGUAUGGAGGGCGAUCGAGACCAUGAUCUCCAAUAAGAUGGAGGCGUACUCGAUGGUUCCCUUUUUACGAGCAGGAUUUAUACUCGUCCGGAAAUUCCCGGGCACAGAGCUCGCGCGCCACGUGCUACGCCAUGUCGCCCGUGCUUGUGUCUUGAUUGAGAACGCGGACGGGAGAGCGUUUCUGCAGUUCUUCCGAUCGGCCGCGGAUGUUGCUCUUGCGCAGCGCGAACUACAGGACGCACCUCGGACCCCGCUUCUGCUCCACCUCCUCCAAGUGCUGCCGCUUUGGGCCCCAGGAUUGCUCGGUUACUUUGAGAGACCUACGAGCCAAGGAGCGGCACAGUUUAUCGUGGACUUCCUAUCGUCAUGCGAAUCGAACCCGGGGGGGGAUGAUUUCGUGGACAGGGCUACAAUCAAUAAGGCGGGCAAGGAGACCGGUGUCAGGUGCCUCAAGUAUCUGCAGAAAUGCUGCCUAGGCGGGGUUCGACAAGUCGCGAGAUCAUCCAUCGAAGAUCUCCAGGCGAUCAUCCACCACUGCGAGAGGUACUUCCUGGAUGAGGACGACGCCGACGGGUCUUAUACGCUGGAGGCGUAUCAGGCACUUCGCGACGGGGUCGUGGAAGCCAUCCAACAACGCGUCGUUGACGAGUUGGAGGACGACAACUCGAAUAUGUCUCUCGUGUCGGGCUUCAGCGAUUCGGACACGAUCGAAUCACCCACGUAACUGAGACCGAGUCGAAGACACUACCUAUGAGAAAGCUUCAGGAACGGUCGAAGGGUCGACUGCAUUAUCCGAUCAACUGGAACACACCCCGGACGUACGCACGUGAGAGGUACGGGGAAGGAAGACUUGAUGGGAACGAUACAAUAUGGUUCGUCUUGAGAAAAACGCAGCAAGGGGCAUCCAAUGAACUAAUCAUUCUUUAGCGACUAUACAUCAGGAGGGCCUGGGCAACAGGCAGAACGGCAUGGAUCGGGAAUUAGACGGAAGACCCAUGAUAAUCAUGAUUACGGAACGGGUCUGCAUUCUCUGCUUUUUAUCUCUUCUGGUUUGCUCUGCAUGAGCACUGGCGUAAUUUUGCUUUUUCAGGGAAGGGAGCGGAUGGGACCGUAGGAUGUGUCCCUUGCUUUUCUUGUCGGCUGAGCUGAGCUGCGUCACCGGGGUAGCUUUCUAAUAUUGCUUAGUGCUAAUAAUAAAUGCCAUCACCAGUG